AUGCUACGAAACGCCGCCAAUGCGGCCCGCAAGGCCGUGACGGAGCUCUCGCAGUAUCCAAAGGCAGGCGAACAGCUUCAUGGCUUCACCCUUGUGCGCGCCAAACACGUGCCUGAGCUGGAGCUGACGGCGUUGCACCUUCAACACGACAAGACGGGUGCCGACUAUCUGCACAUUGCGCGCGAGGACAGCAAUAAUGUCUUCUCCAUCGGGUUCAAGACGAACCCGCCAAACGACACCGGCAUCCCCCAUAUUCUCGAACACACGACGCUCUGCGGGAGCCAGAAGUACCCGAUUCGAGACCCCUUCUUCAAGAUGCUACCCCGGACCCUAUCGAACUUCAUGAACGCCCUCACGGCCUCGGACCACACCUUUUACCCUUUCGCGACGACCAACGGCCAGGACUUCAAGAACCUCAUGUCCGUCUACCUUGACUCGACCCUACACCCGCUGCUGAAGCAGUCGGAUUUUUCGCAAGAAGGAUGGAGGAUCGGGCCGGAGAAUCCUACGGGAGAGACGGAAGAGAGCAAGAAACUGGUGUUCAAGGGCGUCGUCUACAACGAGAUGAAGGGCCAAAUGUCGGACGCAGGCUACCUCUACUACAUUCGCUUUCAAGACCACAUCUUCCCCGCCAUCAACAACUCUGGCGGUGACCCUCAGAAGAUGACGGAGCUCACGUACGAGCAGCUGAAGGAGUUCCACUCUCAAAAUUACCACCCGAGCAACGCCAAGCUGUUCACGUACGGGGAUAUGCCUCUGGCCGACCAUCUGCAGGAGAUCAACGAUAGGCUCCAGGCAUUUGCCAGAAUCCAGGCAGACAAAACCAUCCACGUCCCGGUCGAACUGAACGGCCCCCAAGAGGUCACCCUGCAUGGCCCCCUUGAUCCGCUUGUUGACGUCCAGCGACAGUACAAGACAUCCGUGUCCUGGAUCACCGGCGACACGACGGACGUGCUGGAGUCCUUCUCUCUCGCUCUCCUAUCAACUCUGCUGAUGGAUGGAUACGGCUCGCCCUUGUAUCGGGGCCUGAUCGAGGCUGGCAUGGGCGCUGACUGGAGCCCAAACGCCGGUUACGAUAGCUCGGCGAAGCGCGGCAUCUUCUCCAUCGGCCUCACCGGUGUUCAAGAGGCAGAUGUGUCCAAGUUGAAGGGCAAGGUGCAGGAAAUUUUGCGCUCUGCCCGGGACAACGGCUUUGACCAAACCAAGAUUGAUGGCGCCCUGCACCAGCUGGAGCUCUCUCUCAAGCACAAGACGGCCAACUUUGGCUUCUCCAUGCUCAACAGGCUGAAGCCGAGGUGGUUCAACGGCACCGAUCCUUUCGACUCUCUCGCCUGGAAUGAUACCAUCGGUGCGUUUCAAAGCAAGCUCGGCCAAGGUGGCUACCUUGAAGGGCUAAUCGACAAGUAUCUGCUCAACGACCGCACGCUAUCGUUUACCAUGGCUCCCUCGGCCACCUUUGGCGAAGAGCUGGUCCAAGAGGAGCAGGAAAGGCUGUCGCAUAAGAUCAACGAAGCGAUCCAAAAGGCCGGAGGUGAGGAGAAGGCGCGGAAGCAAUUCGAGAGACAAGAAGAGGCACUUUUGAUGGAGCAGAGCAAGACCAACACGGAGGAUCUCAGCUGUCUCCCCACGGUUCACGUGAAGGACAUUCCCCGAUCUCACGAGCCCAUCGCGCUGAGGGAUGAAAACAUCGCGGGGACCUCGAUCCAGUGGCGCGAGGCACCGACCAACGGACUGACCUACUUUCGCGCCAUCAACACACUGGAGAACUUGCCAGACGACCUGCGGGAGCUGAUACCUCUGUUUACAGACAGCAUCAUGCGCCUGGGCACCAAGGACAUGACGAUGGAACAGUUGGAAGAUGCCAUAAAGCUCAAGACUGGUGGCGUUUCCGUCGGCUACCACUCGACACCGUCACCGACAGACUUUCGCCGGGCGAGCGAGGGCAUCAUCUUCACAGGCAUGGCUCUGGACAGAAACGUAUCUGUCAUGUACGAUAUUUUGAGCAAGCUGGUUCUGGAGACGAACUUCGACAGUCCCGAGGCUGCACUCCGGGUGCGGCAGCUGCUGCAGGCGUCGGCAGACGGCGUCGUCAACGACAUCGCAUCGUCCGGCCACCGUUUCGCCGUCGGGUACUCCGAAUCGAGCUUGACGCGCAGUGCUUGGCUGAGGCAACAGGUCGCUGGGCUUUCGCAGGUGAAGCUCGUGACCAGACUGGCGGGAAGACCGGAGUCCGACAAGCUCGAGGACAUCCUGGACAAGUUGAAGCGGAUCCAAGGGUUUGCACUGGCCAGCAACAUGCGCUCGGCCAUCACGUGCGGCUCCGAGAGCGUCAAGGACAACGCCCAUUCGCUGCAGCAGUUUGUCGGUAGGCUGCCCAGCGGAACCCGGACGAAGGAUGUGGCGCCUCGGUCGAUGCCGACAGAUAGGAAAUCCUUCUUCCCGUUGCCGUACCAGGUGUACUACGGAGGUCUCUCGGUGCCGACAGUGUCAUACACGUCUCCCGAGGGCGCGCCGCUGCAAAUCCUCUCGCAGCUGCUGACGCACAAGCAUCUGCACCACGAGAUUCGCGAAAAGGGGGGUGCCUACGGUGGUGGAGCGCUCUGCAAGCCGCUCGAGGGCCUUUUCGGCUUCUACUCGUAUCGGGACCCCAACCCGCAGAACACGCUGGGCAUCAUGCGAAACGCCGGCCGUUGGGCCGUCGACAAGGAGUGGACAGACCGCGACCUCGAGGAGGCCAAGAUAUCGGUCUUCCAGAGCGUCGACGCGCCGAAGGCGGUCAACCAGGAGGGCAUGGGCAAGUUUCUGUCGGGAAUCACGGAAGAGAUGAAGCAGAAGCGGAGGGAGCAGCUCCUGGACGUGACGAAGGAGCAGGUGAGGGAAGCGGCGCAAAAAUUCCUCGUGGACGCGACGGAGAGGGGUGACGAGCGGGUGGCGUUCUUGGGCGAGAAGCAGGCGUGGGUGGACGAUUCGUGGAAGCUUGAGGAGAUGAACGUGGCCGGCGCCGCGAUGGAGUGA